AUGCCUUCGGCCGCGCCCCCAGCUAUUCCCCCUGGUGCAUGGCGAAAGCCCCUUCCCUCAGCCAGCAGCUCACAACCUGUCCAGCAACCUCCCCGCCACCCCUACAACAACCCCGGUGGCUACGGCCUUGCCAACGGUGCCCCCGGUGGCGCUCCCCAGGCCGUGCCAGCUCCUGGUGCCACCCCCCUCCUUCCAAACCAGGGCCGCAUCCUCCAGUCUGGCCCCAUCCGAGUUCUCUGUGUCGCCGAUGUUCGAGGUAACCUGCGAUCCCUGAACGAUCUUGCGAAGAAGGCGGGUGCCGACUACAUUAUUCACACUGGUGAUUUUGGUUUCUACGAUGAUUCUUCGUUGGAGCGCAUUGCUGAGAAGACCCUCAAGCACGUUGCCCAAUACUCUCCACUCAUCUCCGAACCCGUGAAGAAGGCUAUCGCCCAGGGCGGCCCCGGCUCCGUCAAGGCAAGAUUCCCUGCGAACGAGCUGCCGCUGUCUGAGCUUCCCCUCUUCAUCACACCGCAGAAUGGAGGCAACCCGACUUUCGAGCUGGAGAUCCCCGUCUAUACCGUCUGGGGUGCCUGUGAGGAUGUCCGGGUCUUGGAGAAAUUCCGAUCCAGGGAGUACAAAGUCAAGAACCUGCACAUCAUCGACGAGGCCCAGUCCAUGCUGCUCGAGGUCGGCGGAGUCAAGCUGCGGCUGCUCGGCCUUGGUGGAGCUGUCGUCAUGCACAAGCUGUUUGACAAUGGAGAGGGCAGGACGACCAUCGCAGGCGGCCAGGGUACUAUGUGGACAACGUUGCUGCAGAUGGGCGAGCUAGUCGACACGGCCAACCGAGUCUACGAUCCUACCGAAACCCGCAUCUUCGUCACGCACGCUUCGCCCGCACGCGAGGGUAUUCUGAACCAGUUGUCGGUGACCUUGAAGGCAGAUUUCUCCAUAUCUGCUGGUUUGCACUUUCGGUAUGGCAGUUCGUACAACGAAUUCAGCGUCAACCCAACCCUGGAUCACUACCGCGGAAAGCUGGCGGCGAGCAAGGCUUCCUUCAACGAUGUCUGGGAGACCGUCAAAAACGAGGUCGAGCCUGCCAUCCAGGCCAACGAGGCCCAACAGAACCUGCUGAAGAACGCACUCGGAGUGGUCGAGAAGAUGCCUACCCAGGCUGCCGGCGGAAACCCCUUCGGAAAUGCCGGAGGUCCUGCCACCUUGGGCCAGGUGGACGAGAGCGCAUUCAAGAACAUGUGGAACUUCAACCUUGCGGAUGCCGCCUUUGGUUGGCUCGUGCUAGAAGUGCACGACGGCCGCAUUGGAACAGAGAUGAAGGCUCAAGGCUUCAACUUUAGUCACCGUGGAGCAAAGCAACAACCUACAGUCCCCUCUGCUGCCCCAUCUGUCGUCGGCGCUGCACCACCAUCCGCACCCGCCGCCCAAGCACCAGCGCCUGCACCGCAGAGACAGCCCUCGCAACCUCAAGCGAAGCCUUCCCCCGUUCCAGCCCAAGCGAAACCUGCGACACCUGCACCUGACACGGUGCCCAGCAAGGAAAACGAGAAGCCUGCAGGUGCAAACGGCCACGCUCCCGAGUCCGCGCCAUCCCCUGCACCAAAGAGGGAUGAGAUUAUCGGUCUGUUUGUCAUGAACGCAACAUCAGACGAGGAGCUGCGCAAGCUUUUCGCCGAGGAAGACCAGCCCAAGAUCUCCGAGAUCACUAAGUGGGGUCAGAUGAACAGGGUCGUCCAGUUCAAGACAACCGAGGACCGCGACGGAGCCCUAGAGCGACUAGCCGAUGAGUUCAAGACGCGAUCGCAGGAAGACCGAUCGAAGCCUCUCAUCAAGCUCUUUGAGCGACGCGAGACCGGUGGAGGUCGAAACUUCACGAACCGCGGCGCAGGCACCUGGGGCAGCAGCCGUGGCGCCUCUAGCACGGGCGGACCUCGGAGCGGAUACCAAAGCAGCGGCGCCGGCGGCACGGCCUCUGAUAGCGAAGGUGGAGCCGGACGUCGUGGCGGACGCGGUGGUCGUGGAGGCCGGGGAGACCGAGGUGGCCGUGGGGGCAGGGGAAGGGGCGGUCUGAAGGGUGAGGGCGGUGGCAAUGGCUCGCCUGCGCCUGCGGCGGCCACGCCUGCUGAGUCGUAG